AUGGAGCGGUGGGUCGGGGCCGCCGGGGGCUGGGGCUCCCUGUGGGGAGCUGGCUGGGGCCGCUGGCCGGGCUGGGAGCUCUUGGCCGCCUGCGCGGUCAUCGGCGCCGUGGGCUGGCUGCUGCGGCUGCUGGAGAGGAGGCCGGGCGGCCGCGGGGCGCCGGCGGCGGCCAUCUCCUCCCCGGCGCCCCUCUCCUCCUCGGCGCCGCUCUCUGCGCGGAGCCGGCGCUGCAGCGGGAGCCGCCCAGGUGAAAUAACAAUGGAUGCAAUAUUAUCCCGAUUGAAGCAGCUCACCGCUGAUGAGCUUAGAGAAGAAAUUGUAAGAGCAGGACUGAAAUGUGGGCCCAUUACCUCAACUACUAGGUUUAUUUUUGAAAAAAAAUUGGCUCAGGCAUUGUUGGAGCAGCAAGGAGUGUUGGAGGAAAAAGGAUCUGCUCUGUCGGAGGAGGCUGCUGGAAAUGUCCCAUCUGAUAGCAGCCGGGCAGAAGCACAAAAGGUUUUGAAAACUACGGCAGUGAAUCAGAACGGUCAUGGAAGUGUUUCUGAAGAGGUAGACUUUGGGUACUGUGUCGGUCUGAACCCUCCAGAAGAAGAUGCUGUGAUGCACAUGAACUGUUCGGCUCCCGUGUGUGGAGCAGGAUGUGUUGAUUCACAAAUUAGUACUCGGACACCGUCCAGAGAUCCUCCACUAUUCUAUGGUGUUUGUCCAGUUUAUGAUGACAUAUUGGCAAGGAAUGAGAGAAUACAUGUUUAUGAAGAUAAAAAGGAAGCUCUCCAAGCUGUUAAGAUGAUUAAGGGUUCCCGUUUUAAAGCUUUUUCAAACAGAGAGGAUGCUGAGAAAUUUGCUAAAGGAAUCUGUGAUUAUUUCCCAUCUCCAAGCAAGUCCUCUUUAUGUUUGUCUCCGGUGAAAAUGGGAUCAUUUAACAGAGAUGGCUUAUGCUCCCCUGAGACCGAAACUGCUAAUAAGGAGAGAGCCAACAGUUAUAAAAGUCCACGUACUCAAGAUCUUACUGCUAAACUUCGGAAAGCUGUCGAGAAAGGAGAUAUAGCAACAUUUUCGGAACUUAUUUGGAGUAACCCUCGCUAUCUGAUUGGGUCAGGAGACAAUCCAACAGUUGUACAGGAAGGGUGUAGGUACAAUGUCAUGCAUGUUGCUGCCAAGGAGAAUCAACCUGGUAUCUGCCAGUUAUUACUGGACACUUUGGAAAAUCCUGAAUUUAUGCGGCUUAUGUAUCCAGAUGAUAAUGAUACCAUGUUGAAGAAUCGCAUCCAAUAUAUUGUUGACCUUUACCUUAAUACACCAGAUAAAAUGGGAUUUGAUACUCCAUUGCAUUUUGCCUGCAAGUUUGGGAAUUUGGACGUUGUUAAUGUGCUUACCUCACACCCAGCUAUUGUAAAAAAUCCAAGAAACAAAUAUGAUCAGACUCCAGCAGAAGUAGUUUGUGAAAGAAGCAAGAACAAAUCUGCAGAAUUGAAAGAAAAACUAAGAGAGUACUUGAAAGGUCGAUACUAUGUACCACUCUUGAGAGCAGAAGACAAUUCUUCGGCUCCUGUAAUUGGUGCACCGUGGUCACCCGAUCAGACAGACGAUAGCCCCCAAAGAACUUUAUCUAAAUACACUGGCAGCCCCAAAGAUCCAGUGUUGUCGAUAAGAGCUUUCGCAGGCCCCAUGAGCCCCUCAAAGGCCGAAGAAUUUCGCAGGCUUUGGAAGACUCCGCCUCGAGAGAGAGCUGGCUUCUUCCACAAUGUCAGGAAGUCUGAUCUGGAGCGAGGUGUUGAAAGAGUUGGAAGGGAGUUAGCUCAUGAACUGGGGUUCCCGUGGGUUGAAUACUGGGAAUUUCUGGGCUGUUUUGUUGAUCUGUCUUCCCAGGAGGGGUUGCGAAAAUUAGAAGAGUACCUGAGUCAUCGGGAAAUGAGCGAAAAGGCUCAGCAAGAAACAGGGGAAAAUGAAACCUGCAAUAGAUACAAAGCUCCACAUCCUUCUGGCAAGAGUAAAAAGUGCUGCAAUUCUGUUUCUGUUGGAGCAUUUUUGGAUGAGGAUGAUGAUGACAUGAGCUUAGAAGAAAUUAAAAACAGACAAAAUGCAGCACGGAAUAUCAGCCAACCUAUUGUGUCCAAAGAACCUAGCAUUGAUGCUAUUGGAGAUGCUGAGUGUGAUAUCUUGUCAAUGGAGCGUACAGUAAACAUUAUAGAGACGUCCGAUCACCCCAGGCACUAUGAAAAGGCAGCUUCCUCCAGCAAAAAUGGAUUUUGUAAUCCUGUGUCCAGUGAACGGAUAAUUAGUGACAGAAAGCAUUUGCAUGAUGGAGAAGAACGCCUUGUAUCGCCCGUUUCCAAUUUAAUGUCAGAAUUUGAAAGCCUGUCAUUCCAAGAACAAGAGGUUGCAGGAGAAUCAAAUAAAAUCACUGAAAAAACUAAGAAUGAGAGAAUUCUGGCUGAAGGAACAAGUCAGGUGAGAAUAUCCAAGGACCAUCUGGGUAAGACCUGCUAUGCAGUUUCACUGGCAAGCUCUUCUGAGCCGAGUCUUACAGGUAAACCUGGAGAGACCAAGUUAAGGACAGAACACAAAACGCCAUCAGAAAAGGAGAGAUUGUCCAUGGAAUCUGGAAUUCAGACUAAUGAGGCACAACAACGUCAAGAACUUUCUUCCCAGAAAUUUCUUUUGAAGGCUUCAUCCAUAAAUGACAAUUCUAAGAAGUUAUUCCUGCUUGGGGAGCAGCCCUCGAAGCUGGAUAGUGAUGUCUUAGCAGCUAUAGAAGCAGUAGAGAUUGAUCCACAGCAAUACCCGGUUAUUUACAAAUGGAAGCAUGCGGUGCAGUCGUACUCUUCAACUGACAGGCAAAGUUGGCCAAGUCCAGGGGGGAAGGCAAGAUUCAAGUCCCAAACCAUCGCUGCUGGCCUUCCAAAUGCUUCAGUGUAUUCUAAUUCAGGAAGAAACAGUCCCGUAACAGGAAGUCCAGGAAAAUACGGCAAUGCCGCCUCGUUCUCUCCAGACCCUGGGAGUCCGGGGCGCUACAGCCCAGCUUGUGUCAACCAUGCUCUGUUAAAACUGCGUUAUUUUUCAGAGCCUCCUGCCCACUAAAAUACGAUUCGUCUUCCUGGGACUUCAAUUAUAUUUUCAUUGUUAGAGUGGAGGAAAAAACUACAAUGUUACUAAAGUGACAUGAGGUUUGUACUUGGCUAUUUAUUUUUCCUCAAUUGAGGACAACUGUAUGUUUAAAAAAAAAAAAGAAUAUAUGUCUUUAUGCCA